AUGUCGAUGCUUGACAAAUUUCGCAAGGGUGCCCAAAAAGCCGGUAUCCAAGCCACUGCGUUCCUGCAAGAUAGCUCUAGCAAGGUCGUCAGUGGCUCAAGAGAGUUUGCCCAUGGGUUCAGUCUUCCAGGAGAGGCCGAAAAGGCGGCCAAUAUCCUGGACAGUUUCUUAGCCGACCCGCAACAGCCACAAUCUGCGUUAAACUCCAUUCCCAAAGCUGUUCUGCAACGAGCAAGGGGGCUGGCUAUCUUCCAGGUCCUCAAAGCUGGCUUCGUAUUCUCCGGGAAGGCUGGCUCUGGCAUUGUCAUCGCUCGACUGCCCGACGGCUCGUGGUCAGCGCCGUCAUGCAUCGCGACGGGCGGCCUAGGGUGGGGCCUGCAAAUUGGCGCCGACAUCACCGACUUCGUGAUCGUACUCAACAGCGAAGACGCAGUCCGAGCAUUCUCUAUGGGUGGGAAUGUUACCAUUGGUGGAAAUAUCAGUGCAAGUGCUGGCCCGAUCGGGACUGGGGGGAGUGUUCAAGCAUCGUUAGCACACCCAGCGCCAAUGUUCUCCUACUCAAAGUCCAAAGGAUUGUUCGCCGGGCUUUCUCUGGAGGGUACUGCACUCAUAGAGCGUAAGGACGCCAACAGGGAGUUCUACGGAUCCCCAGUCCCUGCACGCGAUAUCCUUGGUGGACGAGUGCCCCCGCCCGAGGUUGCGUCCCGCCUGUACGAGAUCAUCGAAGCAGCGGAGGGUCUAGACGAGACAGACGUACCCGAAGCAGCGUACAUCCCUACCGCAACAGGCGAGCAUAUCCAAGUCGGAAGAAACGACCACAAUCAAAUGGUUUUCGACGCCGACGUCCAUCACUGA